UUUACACUUCCUUUUCGUUGCAGUAGAAAACUCCAGAGGAGCCUGCAGGGGAAGAGCCAGAGCGAAAAACAACGAGAUCGAAACGAUGGGUGAUUCAAGGUUUCGAUCAAUGCUGCUGUUAGUGAUUGUCGUCCUUGUUCCAGCAUCGGUCCAUUCUGCGGUUCGAAAGUACACAUUCAACGUGGUGUCGACAAACACAACGAGGCUUUGUUCAAGCAAGUCAGUGGUGUCCAUUAAUGGGAAGGUGCCAGGGCCGACCCUUUACGCUAGGGAAGGUGACAAUGUCCUUGUUAGGGUUCAUAACCAUGUCCCUAACAACAUCACCAUUCACUGGCACGGGGUCAGGCAGCUUCGCACCGGAUGGUCCGACGGGCCGGCUUAUGUGACCCAAUGUCCAAUCCAGAGUGGACAGAGCUUCUUGUACAACUUCACGCUCACAGGGCAGAGAGGCACACUGCUUUGGCAUGCACAUAUUUCGUGGCUAAGGGCAACUGUGUAUGGAGCCAUUGUCAUACUUCCUAAGAAAGGUGUUCCUUAUCCUUUCCCAAAACCUGAUGGUGAAAAGGUCAUUGUACUUGGGGAAUGGUGGAGAGCCGAUGUUGAAAGUGUAGUGAAGCAGGCCACAAUGACUGGGCUGCCACCGAACAUUUCGGAUUCUCAUACUAUUAAUGGUCAUCCUGGCCCUGUCGCUGGUUGCCCUUCGAUCUUCACGGCGCGUGCAGGGUACAGUCUCCAAGUCGCAAGUGGGAAAACCUACCUGCUCCGGAUCGUGAACGCGGCGGUCAACGACGAGCUCUUCCUCAAAAUCGCCGGCCACAAACUCACCGUCGUCGAAACCGACGCCGCCUACACAAAGCCCUUCACCACCGACACGAUCUUUCUCGGGCCGGGGCAAACCACAAACGCCCUCCUCACCGCCGACCAAACCGCCGGAAAAUACACAAUCGCCGUUUCCCCCUUCAUGGACACGGUCGUCCCCGUCGACAACGUCACCGCCGUCGGAUUCCUCCGCUACAAGGGGAUCCAACCCUUUUCCCCACCGCACCUCACCGCCACUCCACCAAUCAACGCCACCGCCGUCACCGCCGCCUUCGCCAGCGGACUCAGGAGCCUCAAUUCCCCAAAUUACCCCGCCGCCGUGCCCCAAACCGUCGACCACUCCCUCCUCUUCGCAAUCGGCGUCGGAGUCAACCCUUGCCCGACCUGCGUCAACGGGACCAAGACCGUCGCCGACAUCAACAACGUCUCCUUCGUCCUCCCCACCGUGGCUCUGCUCCAGGCCCAUUACUUCAAAUUACAGGGGAUCUUCACCGACGAUUUCCCGGCGAACCCGCCGUCGCCGUACAAUUACACGGGGAACCCGCCGGCGAAUUUGCAGACCACUAACGGGACGAAGGUGUACCGGCUAGGGUUUAACGAGACCGUGGAGGUCGUCCUUCAGGGGACCAGCUUGAUCGCGCCGGAGAGCCAUCCAAUUCAUCUCCAUGGAUUCAAUUUCUUCGUGGUGGGGAAAGGAUUGGGGAAUUUCGACAAGGGUAAAGAUCCGAGCAGCUUCAAUUUGGUUGAUCCGGUGGAGAGGAACACAAUGAGUGUCCCAACCGCUGGAUGGACCGCGAUCCGAUUCCGAGCUGAUAAUCCAGGGGUAUGGUUUUUGCACUGCCAUUUGGAGGUGCAUACGACAUGGGGAUUGAAGAUGGCAUUCGUGGUGGAGAAUGGGAAAGGUCCUAAUGAGUCUAUACUGCCACCUCCUCCUGACCUCCCACAAUGCUAAAAAGAAUUAAAAAGACUUCAAAAGGAAAGAAGUUGAACGGUGGAUUUCAGGAAUCCAUGGAAUCACUCACGAGACAGUUGGGGUAGGGUUUGUAGAGAGACAGACAGACAGGGGAGGUUUGUUGUACCUUGUAAGUAGAGGGGUGAGAAGUGAGAAUAGAAACCCAUAUUUAUUUUUAAUUUUUCAUUAUAAUUGUACUAUUGUUAUGUUUAAGAAGUUGAGAUUUUUGUUUUGAGUGAGAUGGGUAAAAAAGAGAGGGCUUACAAUGAUUGGACAUAAGGAAAGAAAAAGAAGGAAAGAAGCCCAAUAAUAACCUUUUGUUUUUCCCCCCUUUUUGCCUUUCACUAAUCUUUCCCUGCUUUCUGUUUUUGGAGUUGUUACCACCAAAGGGGAAAGUUGGACAAAAAAGAGUGUGAAAUAAAAAGGGUUUGCACCAAAAUUAGGGUUUUGCCACUUUCAGCAAUUGGGAGGUGUUUGUACCGUAAAACAUUGAUGGAUGAAUGAAUCCACCAAUUUGCAAG